AAGAUGGCGAUACACCUGUUUCUCUGGUGCUGAUCCUAGUUGUUGUCUGCGCAACACCAGAAAACAGCGCGUCAAGAACAGACUGUUACUAAACUGGAGACGUAGUUAAACAGCUGGAGUAAACUCCGUCACCCAGAAUGUCCACAGAGGAGCUGUCAGCCUCGGAUAGCGAGGCUGUCCUCGCCGGCGCAGGGGAGCGGUGGGCACCGGUAGGCGCUGUGGCCAGCCCCGAGGAUGAGAGCAGGAGCGGGAGCGCUGGCCAGCCGAAACAGAGAGGCUCGUCCUCGGCCACCGAGGAGGACAUGGCCGCUAGGCUGGAGAAACUGAAAGAGGAGCAGGAGCUGCUGAACUCCUCCCUCCUCGCCCUCACCUCACACUUUGCCCAGGUUCAGUUUCGACUGAAGCAGAUAGUUCACGCCCAGACCGAGGAGAAGGAGAGGAUGCUGGCCGAGCUGGAGGAGUUCGCCUUCAGGGGCUGCCCGCAUGUGGUGGGCUGCCGGGCUCAGGAUGCCAAGCAGCUGGAGAACUCGAGUGAGAGGGAGAAGAGGGAACGCCUGGAGGCUCAGCGGGAAAAACAGAAGGAUCUCAUUUUCCAACUGAAGACACAGCUGGAUGAUCUGGAGCGCUUCGCCUAUCAGGAGGGCAGCUACGACUCGCUGCCGCAGUCUGUUGUCAUGGAGAGACAGAAGGUCAUCAUUGACGAGUUGAUCAAAAAGCUGGAUGUUAAUCUGAACGAGGACAUCGGGAACUUGUCUCCCGAGGAGCUGAGACAGAGAGUGGACGCUGCCAUUGCUCAGAUAGUGAAUCCAGCUAGGGUGAAGGAGCAGCUGGUGGAUCAGCUCAAGACCCAGAUCAGGGACCUGGAGAUGUUCAUCAACUUCAUCCAAGAUGAAGUGGGGAACCCUCUAUUAUCAGACGGUGGACACAGCCAGCAGCCACAAGCAGCAGGGACCAAUGCCAGAACUCCAGGAGCGAAGAAGAAAGUGGACCCAGAGCAGGCCCAGAAGAUGCGAGAGACCGGCCUGCAGCUGAUCCAGAAGGCCCUCGCUGUGCUGCAGAUCUUUGCUGCGAGCCAAUUUGGCUGCGCACCCGGCCAUGUUCCUCAGAACAUGUGGUCUCAGGAGUCAUCGGGGCAGGACUACGGGCCGUUGCUGCAGCGCCUGGAGACAGCUGUUGACAAGGUGCGAGUGCUGGCGUCAUGCAGACAGCCCUCCCUCGAACAUGUUGUCAACUACACCAGCAACUCUGCGCUGGGACCUCGAGACGAGCUGACAGCAUCUGUGAGGAAGGAGCUGGCGAUCGCUCUGAAAGACUUGUUGGCUCACGGGCUCUUCUCCCCCUCCCAGACCAUGAGCCUGGUGCUGGCACCCAUCUCCUGCCUGCUGCCUUACAGACCAGCCCCACAGACCAUGCACCCAUGGGAACUCUUUGUUAAAUUCUACCACUCCAAAAACGGAAAGGCCUUCGUAGAGACGCCAGCCCGCCAGCUUUCACAGUCCUUCAGCCUGCCUGUAGGCGGCGGCCCGGUGACCAUCACCCCUAAACAGUCUCUGCUGUGGGCCAUUCACACGGUGCUGAAGGAGCACGGACGCUACAAACGAGGACCAGACACAGAGUUCAAAGCGCUGGUGUGCAUGGCUCUGAACGAGCAGCGGCUGGUGUCGUGGCUCAACCUGCUGUGUAAGUCUGGGACUCUGAUACACCCACACUACCAGGCCUGGAGCUACAUGGCCCAGACCGGCUUUGAAGGAGCCCUCCGAAUCCUGGGCCGCAUCAGCCACCUUAAAUUCAACCUCCCAGUGGACCUGGCUGUCCGGCAGCUGAAAAACAUUAAGGAUGCUUUCUGAGCAGCCAACACUAAGCUCAAAAAUCAAGUGUUUCAUCAGCUACACUGCUCUUAGCUAGCAUUCAGGACCAAAAGCAUGACUUUGUGCUUCAAGUAUGAAACAUACUAAAGGUUAUUUAAGUAGCCACCCACCUUAAGUAAAGUGCAAGUGUGUGAUGUCUGCAGUACAUGCAUGGAUGAUUAUGUUGUGUGAGCUUCAGCCAUGAGCAACCAUAAUCAGUAUAUUCCACUAUGUUUAAGAUGCCAAAAUGUCAAGAUGACAACGCUUCUCGUACUGUAAACAUGCCUUAGAGAGAAGAUUGAGAUUACCUCACCUUUAGUGAAGCCUUCCUGACCUUUGCAACCUGUGCUCAUACUACUGUAUCAUUCCCCUGUGUACAUGAUAGUGUCCUAAGCUAUGCAGCAAAGAGAGAGGUUGGAUUUGUACAGUAAUCAGUACUGUAACAUGUGGCUACCACAGAGACAUUCCAGGAAGAAAAACAAUGAGCAGAAACUUGAUACUGUGGCAUCUACACAGUAACCAGCGCUUGUGAUGUAUUGGUUCAUUGUUUACAGUGACAAAGUACAGUGACCUCUGUUAUGGCUUUCAUCAUUUUGGCGGUAAAUAAUGUGUAGCAGAUUGGUUGAUCACAAAGCACUCAGGUCAACUUGAAAUGAAAAACGUCUCCACCGUGAUGCACCCCUCAAACAUUACUUACUACAGUUAAUGUGUAACGUCUACAAAUACGCAGCUCUCAGCAACUCCAUUUAAAAACUGAAGCUGUUAUCACUUCUUGCACGCUGUGUUUCAGGUGUGUUAGACCCUGUAUGAACUGCUGCUUUUCUCCUAUUGCAGGUGUAGUUCAAAUUGAAAUGACAGUGAUAUUGUAUAAGAAUGAUGUAAUGGCUUACAUCCCGUAUUUAACACGACAGGUUUAGUUUCGUUUCCUGUUUUUCAGAGAAAGUAGUUUUUAUCAUCCUGAGACAGCUGAGUUGCACGAAUCAUAUCCUUAAAAACUGAAUGUACAAACCAUAGAUGCUAUUAAACUGAGGUUUAGUUUAUAUCUGCUGUAUGUCUCCCUGCUGUUUAUGGGAUUAAAGCGCCAGUGUUCCUGGGCCCACAUGUACGUAUAAACCUCUGAGAAUCAGCGUGUUGAUAAAAUAUCUCUGUGUUUGUAUAUCCUGAGAUAAAAACCUGUGCACUUUGUGACUUGAGUGCACCCGCAGACACAUUUUUAGCAUUUAUUUUACUGUGUAAAUGAAGACUGUCUGUUAAAUACAACGCUAUAUUUAGCCUCCUGUUUUCCCCAUUUUUGUUGUGUUUUGUUCAGCUGUUAUAUUGUGAUUUAUGUGAACAGACAUUUAUUUAUUGCAUAGCAUGUUUUAGCUCACCCCUGAAGUAGGUAACAUAUCAAAACACUUUGUUGAAGUAGCUCGGAACACUAGACACACUGAAUCAUUUAAAUUGUGCUAUUUAUGUUAUUUUUAUUUGAACCUUUAAUCAUAAAUAAUAUAUUGGGAGAUAUGAAUUGUCAGGUUUUUUUGUCACUUUGUUUUUUAUUAUGUUUAAUGCAUACCUUCAGCUGUAAAAAAUAAAAUAAAAAUUAAACAUAGUA